AUGUCUAUAACAAAGAAGAAAGAGGAUGAAAAAGAAAAAAAGUUUCUUGGACGAUUGCAAUAUAAGCUUGACUAUGAUUUCGAUAAGAAUUCCUUAACGGUGGUUAUAGUACAAGCAGAAGAGCUACCAGCUAUGGAUUUGGGAGGAACAUCCGAUCCUUAUGUUAAGCUUUUCCUAUUGCCUGAUAAGAAGAAGAAAUUUCAAACAAAAGUUCAACGCAAAUCGUUGAAUCCAGUUUUCAAUGAGAGUUUUACAUUUAAGGUUCCUUUUAAUGAGAUUGGAGGUCAAACACUAGUCAUGAAUGUUUUUGAUUUUGAUCGUUUCGGGAAACACGAUCAGAUCGGCCAAAUAUCAGUUCCAUUAGGAAAAAUUGAUUUAGCUACAACUAUUGAACGAACAGAUUUGAUUGAGAGCCCUCCCGAAAAUAGAUUGGGUGAAGUUUGUCUGGCACUCCGUUAUGUUCCAAAUAAAAAUAAAUUAUCGGUCGUUGUUAUGGAAUGUAAGAAUUUGAAGAAAAUGGACGUUCUUGGAUUGUCGGAUCCUUAUGUUAAAAUCUAUUUGAUGAUGCAGAAUAAGCGAUUAGAAAAGAAAAAAACAACAAUUAAGAUGAAAACCCUUAAUCCUUACUAUAAUGAAUCGUUCAGCUUUGAUGUCACACCAGAGAAAAUGCAGAGAGUUCAUUUACAUGUGACUGUCUCUGAUUAUGACCGUGUCGGAUCAAAUGAAAGAAUCGGACAGGUAAUUAUUGGAGCAAACGCCACUGGAGUAGCUUUGAAACAAUGGUCAGACAUGCUUGCAACUCCUCGUCGAUCAGUUGCCCAAUGGCAUACCCUACAACCCUUUAACGAUGAUUAA